UGCACAGCUCCUAUUGGCAUACGGGUGUUUUACAGUCACGAGACUAUCCAUGUAUAUAUGACAUCUGAGAAAGCGUUGCUCUGUUCAAACACUGAUGAGGUACCACAAGUAGAAUAUCCGGAGACGCACAGUUUCCAACUAUAGACGGAUCGCUAAAAACAAAACCUAGUUCAUUGGAAUUCACAUAGGUCAGUAAACGAAGGCACGGACAAAUCUCUUCAGCUGGGGUGGAAGUCUCGGCAACCCAGGAUCAAAUCUCGCAAGAUUGGGCCAAAUCGGCUAAUCGGCCAAAAUUGUGAUUCGCCAGAAAUAAUGAAUGACUCAAAAAAAAAAACAGUCUACCGAGCGACGGCUGUCUAGAAGAAGGAACCAGAGAAAAACAGCCAUGACAGAAUACUACCAGAUCUUAGGGGUCCAGAGAAACGCUUCGGCCGAGGACAUUAAAAAAGCGUACAGAAAGCUAGCACUAAAGUGGCAUCCAGACAAGAACCCAGACAACAAGGAAGACGCAGAGAGGAAGUUCAAAGAGCUUUCAGAAGCGUAUGAGGUCCUGUCAGACGCAAACAAGAAGAACCAGUAUGACCGGUAUGGUAAAGAAGGCUUGGCUGGAAACGGAGGCAGAGGAGGGCAUUAUCACAACGGUGAUCACUUUAGUGGUGGGUUCACAUUCCGUAACCCUGAGGAUGUCUUCAGGGAAUUCUUCGGAGGUCGAGAUCCAUUUGCCGAUUUCUUCGACGAUGACUUCUUCGGUGGGGGACACAGGCAGCGGGUGGUGAACCAAAGUAGGACCGGAGGAUCCUUCUUCCACGGAUUUGGUGGCUUCCCCCCCUUCGGGGCGGGCUUCCCAGGGUUUGGUUCAGGUGCGCUUCCCCUGCAGCACGGUUUCACCUCCCUGGGACAUAUGGGUGGAGGAGGCUUCGCCUCGUUUUCCUCUUCAUCUUUCGGAGGUGGAGGAGGAAUGUGCUCCCGCUCGGUGUCUACCUCCACCAAGUUCAUUAACGGCAGACAAAUCACCACAAAACGGAUUGUGGAGAACGGCCAGGAGAGGGUGGAGGUGGAGGAAGACGGUCAGUUAAAGUCUCUAACCGUCAACGGUCUGGAAGAUGACAACCGGCAGCAGAACAACCUCCUUGGUCUCCCCUCCCAUCAACGCUUCCUGAGGAAUAGCCCACAGAACCCCCCAGAGGAAGACGAAGAGCGCGGCCAACAGAGCCUGGGACUCGCCAGAGGACACAUGGACACCAAGAGGAAGAAAUAUCCUUGGAGGCAGGAGGCGGAGCUCAAAAAGAAGAGAACACCUCGAUUGGCUCCUCGAAUCGGUGCCUGGUUCUAAAGCACCACCAUGGCUCCGCCCUUCCCUGUACGUGUCAUCCGGAGGGAAAGAACAUCAGUAGAUUAACACAACUCAGCCGUAGGGUUGCCAAAUUCAGGUUACUCUUCCAAAGAUUCCAGAUUUUGUAGAAAUCCCAGUUGGACGAUUCCCGGAAUCAAGAGACAAUAAGCAGGAUAUCCGGAUCCUCCAACCACAGGUUUUCUGGAAAACCUGGGAAUUUUGGGAAAGUUACAGGAAUUUUUCAAACCAUGCCAGCCCACCACUGUGCCAGGUCUCCCCUUGUCUAUCAACUUCUCAGUGCAAACAGCAAAUCUCAUUAGCCAUCUUCUAUGCAAGACAUUAGACUUUGUCAAGGUCUGUUUUCUAUCCUCAUGGCUCUGCUGUGUUCUCUACUCAGUUCAACUUUCAUUACCAGUAAAACUGCCAGUAGAGGCCAUAGUUUAUUUAUUUUUGAAGAUGUCAGUAGAGAGGAGCUAUUCUGUUUUUUUCUGGAUUUUGCAUUCCUCACAAAUGGUAGGACUGGAGGACCUUAGCAUGAGCAUGUGCACAUUCGGUCAUAAUUUGUCUCCUCUGAAUGGAAUUAUACAUUUUUCCUCAAACGUACUUUCUGAAAUAUUUCUAGUUUGUUUUUUAAAGGGGCAAUCAGCAGUAGCUACAUCCAUUUCUGAUCUUAUAAAUGUAUGAUAUGUCCACAUUGAUUCUUGAAGUAUAUAACUUAUAAAUGCCUCAUGAGCGUAGUUCAACUGUUGUACCCCAUCAGAAGCGAAAGUAUAUGGGCUCUAUUCAAUCUACAUGGUGGAAGUUGAGCUUCACAGCGUGAUUUGACAUGUUCCCGCUUUCGCAGAGACUGCAUUCACGGUAAACGCUGCACAUGUCGGCUCAGUCGGAAAUUACCUUUACAUUUCUAUCGUGGAAUCUGUAACACUUCAGCUUUACAGAUUGAAUAGAGCCCUAAGCUUGUUUAACUCCAAUGUUUGUAAACAAAGUAAAUGUAAACAAACAUUGCCUAGCCUCAAAACAUGGUUAAAAAUAGUGUUGAUAUCAAGGCUGUUCAAUUCUUGCGUUCAUAGAUCAGUCUAUGAAUUUGAGAGUGGUUACAUUUCUCCAGCCCCAUCCAUCAGCUUUUUACCAAAACAGGUGCGGGUAGUGGCUUUGUUAUUGUUUCUACUGCUAAUUGCCACUUUUUAAAUGGAUGUGAUGUAGCAGAGUAAAUGUAAUGGAUGUGAAUGGUCUGGAAGAGCCUGUAACAGGAAUCUAAGUGAUGAUGCCAGAGACUCUGAAGGAAAUAAAGGUAUAGGGGAGUCUUUUAAACCUUAAAGGGAUAGUUCAUCCAAGUGAUUUGGGUGAACUAUCCCUUUAAAGACCCAUUUGAGGUUAGAGAGACAACUGUCCAGAGACCAGAGAACUUGGCUUAUCUUAAAGGCAAAAGAGCAAAAAAAGAAAGAAGAAUUGCUGAUCAAAAACACACUUAUUGUAAAAAAGGGCUUUAAAAAAUAUUUUUGAUUGAUGUAGAAAUCAUACAACAAUAUACUGUAGGUUUUGUCUGCACUGAGUGAAAUAUUGUCACUGUCUGCACGAAAGAGAACAGUAACACCAAAGUAGCCAUCUCACUUUCUCCCCCUUCCACUUUCUCCCCCCUCUCCACUUUCUCCCCCUCUCACUUUCUCCCCCUCUCACUUUCUCCCCCUCUCACUUUCUCCCCCUCUCCACUUUCUCCCCCUCUCCACUUUCUCCCCCUCUCCACUUUCUCCCCCUCUCCACUUUCUCCCCCUCUCCACUUUCUCCCCCCUCAAAAAGGUAUGGAAGUUCCUGUGUUGAACAUGUUUAUAACUCUUUACAGAACAGUUUUUUUUAAUAUUCUUUGAUUGGUUUAGUUUAUUGUCAAUUUUCUUUUAUUCAUGCCCAAUGCCAGGGGAGAUGGAAUGCAUGCGAGUUUCCUUCUCUAUAAACACCCACCAAUAAAGCUUCAUUUCAACCACAUAUGUGAUGGUUAUGUAGUCACGUUGUUAGGUGGUUGCUGAGGGACGUAUCACAUUAUCCUUCAAUAAAGACAGAACGUAUUAGGUUCCCAAGGUAGUGAAAUAAUGGAUGUAAUCUAUUGAAUACCUUUACUCUCAUUAUGAGCCUUUUGAUGGCAUCUGAAAUGCUGCUUUCAACAUGAUGCAUGGCCUUGUAUUCAUUGUGACACAUGCAUGCUUGUAGCUGUGUAAUUAUGAAUUGUAGGCAUUAAAUAGUGACACGGUCCAAGUGAAAAACAUUUCAGGCGUCACUUGCUUUUCCUGAACAUUUGCAAUUUUAAACGUAUUGAAUGCAUUUCUUCCCAGUCAUUGGUUGAAAAAAACGCAUUCAACGUCAGCUCUAUGUUCAGCAACUUUCAGAACUCAAUGAACGUGCACCUCUGGACUUCAAAUAUGACUUAUUUUUUUGUUGAAAGUUUAUUCUUCCAGAUUAUUUCAAAGUCUGUACUCUAGGUUGCUUGAAAAAAAAAAAAAAAAGGUAUCGGAAUUGGGCAGCAUAAACAAAGCA